AUGAAUGUAUUUUGCAAAUGCACAAAUUCAUAUUAUCUGGCUGACGAUAAAGUUUGUGUAAAUUCAUGCCCUUCAAAUUUCGAUUCAAAUACGUGAGUUGCUAAUUCAUGUGGUGCACCCAAUGGGAGUGAUGCAAUUAUAUUUGAAUUGAAAUUUACAGAAAUGCAAGACUUGACAGCUACCUACAUCACAAAUUCUGCUAACUCUAAUGAAAAAUUUCUCAAUCCAGGUUCCAUCUCAUACAACUCUGCCACUCAUAAUUCUCCGUUACCAACAGUCGAUCGUGGCUUUUAUUUUGCUUCAACAUCAAGUAUGACAAGCGAUCAACACUAUACCCCCGCCCUCUAUUUUACUUUAAAUUUAUGAAUAAAGCCUCUUGCAAGUGGAGAAAUUUUAAAUACCAUUUUUAGUUCAACUAAAUAUAUAAGGAUAUGGGCUGAUUCCUCAGGUGUAUAUAAAUUUAGUGGGACAAUUUAUGAUUCAAGCAAUAAUGCUAAUCCAAUAUCAGGAGCAAGCACAAUAAGCUAUACGUCAUCAUGGCAUAAAGUUUCUAUAGUUCUUGAACAAAUUUCAUGCACUGAAACUACGAUAUCAUUUUAUAUAAAUGAAAUUGGGGCUGGGUCAUCUACAAUAAGCAGCUCUGAAGCAAGAUUUGUGGGUGGAGUAGCCUAUACAUGGACUCUUGGGAAUAUUAGUCCAACAAACUCAUUUAGAGGGUUUAUUUAUUGACUCCAGGCAAGAGCUGAUACUAUGACUUCAAGCUUUUCGGCUAUGGCAAGCCAGAUUAAUUGUGUUGAUAACCAAUAUUGAGAUGGGUCUGCUUGCCAAAAUUGUGAUUCGAGCUGUCCAACUUGGCCUUGGUGCAUUAGAGGAGGUAGUUGCAGCAUUUGCUAUACACUAGACUGUAUUAGCUGCUAUGGAUAUUCUGUUUCAAUGUGCACGUCAUGCACCACAGGUAUUUUUAUUUUUAACCAAAUAUUUUUUUUUAAAUAAAUUUAGUAUUUUUUUUAAAAAAUAUUAGUAGCUCAGGUAUAGUUCCUGGAUGCUGCGAUUAUCUUGCUACAACUUGCACGCAAACUUGAUCCAAUACAGCAUGCAAUAGUGGAAAAGUUCUGAUUGGAGGAAUUUGCUUGCAUGCUUGCCCAUAUGGGUUUGGAAAUUGUGCAGCUGUUUCUACAGCUGUUAUAACAGCUGAUUUUACAGGUUCAUUUUCUGGAAGCUACAGCACAGCACUGAUUACAGCUACAAGCUCUUCAAGUUACAAUUUUUGGAAUUCUCCAGAAAACUCAGAUCCAUUUCCUGUCAAAAGCAGAGGACUAUUUUUCAACUCAAAUCAAUUUUUAUCUGGAUCUGUAAAUCUAUCUAACACCUGAAGUAUAGGCUUGUGAGUUUAUGCUAUUAGUGGAACUAUUAUUAGCCAUAGCUCAGGCAAACUCACUAUUGAUUCCAGUGGAAUUAGUUUUUCUUUAGAAAAAUGGGAUGGAGCAUCUGCAACUAAUUCCGCUUCACAAUCUAUCACUUUAAACGUAUGAAACUAUAUUUCAUACUCUGUUAGGUUUGCGAAUAAAAUCACUACAGCUACUCCUUACUUUAAUAAAGUUGCUGGGACAUCAACCACUACAACUAAUUAUGUGUUUAGGUUACCUUCGGGAGGGACAUUAUAUAUUGGCAAAGGUUCAACAAACUUUAAUGGAUUUAUCGCAAAUUUUAUGCUAUGGCAAACCACAAUCAGUGAUUUUUCUGGGUUUUACAGUAUCAAUACAUUGACAGGAGGCUCUGUAUCAGUUUUAUGACCAUGCGAUUAUUAUCAUUAUUAUGAUGGAUCUGCAUGCCAGUCAUGCUUAGGGUCUUGCACAAUUGGCUGUACUAGAGGAACCUCUUGUUAUAUCUGUGACGACUUUUUAUGCUCUAAAUGCUCCUCUUUUUGGUCAGGCGCCUGCACUUCAUGCAUUUCUAAUGCAUCUGGAUCUCCAUGCCAAUGCAAUUCUGGCUACUAUCAGCCUACAAAUCAAGCUCUAUGCUCAGCGUGCUAUACAGGAUGCGCUCAUUGUACAGGACCAUCUUAUUAUUUAUGCACUGCUUGCAGCUCCAACUAUUUUUUAUAUAAUAGCAACUUUUGUGUUUCAAAUUGUGCGACUGGAUAUACUGAAAACUCAUCCUCAAAAACUUGUGUUUUCAAUUCCUUCACUGGGUUAAGUAUCAUUUUUUAUGACAAAAUAGUACUUGAUUCAAUUUCAGGAGUAUCAGUAGGGUCUACCAAUACGAACACUUACCCAACAUAUGAUUCGAAUGACCCAUAUCCAGCCUAUCUUAGAGGAUACUAUUUUACUGGCACGACUUAUCUCUCAGCACAGGUUGUGACUGGGCCAUAUUUUACUAUUUCCACUUGAAUUUAUCCAACUGGUCUAGGGACAAUAUUCUCUAAAACAGUUUCUGGUAACGAAAUACUUUGCCUUGAAAUUUCAAAUUCUGGCUUUCCCAAACUUUCUCUUAUUUUGAAUGAUUCUUCGACCUUUUCUGUGACUUUAAACUGCAAAUACAUUAAAUAACUGAAAUUUUAUUGCAUUUACAGGGAAAAUUGACUCAAACUAUAAAACCGCUAUAAAUUCCUAUUUAAAUUCUCAAACUAAAGACUAUGAUUCAUCUACUAAUCUCGCUUAUUUCCAAGAUAGCAGCUCAGGCACUUUCUAUAUUGGAACAAAAUCUAGCCUAAGCAAUGGAUUUAAAGGAUUUUUAUAUGAUAUUACUAUAUAUAAUACAAACAAUCUGCAAAACAAUGAUUCUUCAACAUCUAGCUGCACCUCACCUUGCUCAAUAUGCCCUAGUGACUACAAUUGUCCAGAUUCUUGCUCAUUAUCACAAUACAAUAAUGGCUCAUCCUGUGUAAAUUGUAAAGCAUCUUGCACCAAAGGCUGCAGAUCUACCGACACUUGUAGACUUUGCAAAACUAAGGAAUGUAAUAGUUGUACUUCAUUCUCAGGGUCUUGCACAAGCUGCAUAACAAAUGCAGAAUCAGACGGAUCAAAUGGAUGCAAAUGCAAAAAUAAUGCAUUUUGGUCAGCUAAUUUAGAAAGCUGCGAACUAUGCGAUUCACUUUGUGCUGUUUGCAAGCAAACGACUUAUUUUGAAUGUAAUUCUUGUGUUUCAGGCAAACAGCUAGUAGGAGUGCUAUGUCUUAAUGAUUGCCCAUUUGGCUAUGGGUCUUCCUGUUCUCCAGUCUCAACUGUUGUAAUUGACCUAUGCUUUUAUACAGAUUUUCAAGGAGGAUAUGGGACUUUUACUACAGGAGCAGACUCUUCGAAGUACCAACACUUUGCAUCCCCUGAAACGGUUGACCCAAUCCCGACUUAUUUAAGAGGCCUUUAUUUUGAUGGCAACAAGUACUUAUUAUCAUCUCAGUCUAUUUACAUCUCGCACAGUUUUACUAUAGGAGUUUGGAUAUAUGAAAUCACCAAUGGAGACUUUUUACAAAAACAAACCAGACUUAAAUUGUCAUCAACAGGUGCAAUAACUGCUAUAAUGGACGACAGAGCCCAAACAUCAUCUACUGUGACCUUAUCUCCUACUUCUUCAUUUACAUAUUGAACUUACUUAUCAAUUACAAUCUAUUAUACCUCAAAUGCAUCUGUGCUUUCUCUUUAUAUCAAUGGAGUCUCAGCCGGGUCUACCACAAUUGCUGAAAAAAUAUAUCGAGAUGAUGCAUCUACAAAUUUGCAGCUGGGAAAAAGUAGCAGUUCAGGCUUUGUUGGGUUUAUUUUUUAUUUUCAGCUUUGGAAUGCAGCAGUUACAGAUUUUACCACAAUUAUUAAUGGAUUUACAUUUUGUGGGUCUGGAAAUAAGGCUGCAUGCUUAUGGUCAUGUGAUAUGACAACUUAUAAAAGUGGAAGUUCUUGUGUAGCUUGUAAUUCUUGCUCUAAAGGAUGUAGAAGAGCUAUUUCUUGUAAUAUUUGUGAUGAUUCGUUAUGCUCCGUUUGUACAGGAUUUGAGACUGGAAAAUGCACAACCUGUGUGACUAAUGCAUCAAAAAAUCCGACGAAUUGUGCCUGCAACCCUGGAUUUGUGGCUUCUACUGAUGGGUUUUCAUGCAUCUCGUGCCCAAUAGGAUGCAGUAUUUGCAAUGGAAGCGGAUAUUAUCAGUGCACAAGCUGCCAAGCAGGAUACUACUUUCUUAAUAUACAAUGCCUAACUGAGUGUCCAUGAGGGUAUAAUCAAAACUCAGCAACUCAUAGCUGCGAUCUUUCGUCGACUGCAUAUUCACUUAUGUUUUCAAAUAUAAUUCUUUUAAUGCCUUGUAUAAGAUAACUAUGUAAAUUAAUUUUAUACAAUUUUUGAUCAAAUUUAUUAUGUCUUAAAAUUAAUUUAAUUUAUGAAUAAUUUUUUAGCUGAAGAUUUCAUUAUUAUAACUAUUUUUUUAACUCCCCCCCCCCCCCUCCGUGAGCGAACAAAACCAUUAGAAAAAUCGCCAUUUUUUUUGACCAAAAAACCCACCCUCCGUAAGUGAACAAAAAUUUUUUUAAUAGAAAAAAUUUUAAUGGAAAAAAAUUUUGAUAUAUAAGUGAUAAUUAGUAUAAUGAAAUCUAGAGCUAAUUCUGUUUAAUUUUAAACAAAUUGCGUUUUAAAACAUAAAUUUUGCAAAUUAAAUUAAUAUUUGCUUCCCAAUUUUUGCAAAUUAGGAUUUUUUUAAAUUUCGAAAAAAAUAUUUUUUAUAAAAUUUAUAUAUAUAAAUUGUUUUUUUAAAAAAAAAAAUUAACCCCCCUCCGUGAGCGAACAAAAUUUUUUUUGUUCGCUCACGGAGGGGGGGGGGGGAGAGUAAGUUAAUUUAUCAAAUAUUUAAGAUUUCAAAUAAUUUUGACUGCCCUCAAAAGGGGCAAGUAAAUUAAUAAUUAAUAUAAUUUAAAUUUUAUAAUUUUUUAACUUAAAAGCCUUUAAAAUUUAUAGAUAAUAAUACGCAAAAAAAAAAUUAUUAUUAAUAAUGAAAAAAGUUUUUAAUAUCAAAUUAUGGGAAGUUAGAUACCAUUUCUGGAGUAAAUGUAGGCUUAUCAAACACUAAUUCAUAUCCAAAUUAUGAUACCAAUGACCCUUAUCCAUCUUAUUUAAGAGGAUACUAUUACAAUUACAACAGCUAUUUAAAGAUAAGUUUUAUGUUUUCCCCUUCCUUUUCUAUUUCAUUAUGGAUAAGACCUCUAGCAGCUGGUUUUGUGAUAUCCAAAUAUAUUUCUACUACAACUAUUGUACAAGUAAAAAUAUCAUCAGGCUAUCCACAAAUCUCUCUUCUCUUAUCAGAUUCAUCAACAACCAUAUCAGUCACGGGUGCUUCUAAUAUACUUGCUGGGGGAUGAUUUUACAUUUCUUUUGACUGCACAAUUAAUUCUGAUGGGAAAACAACAAUAGCAUCUUAUAUUGAUGGAACUUCUCCAGCUACCUUUACCACAUCCACUCCUCUUUACCUUCUAGACAGUCAAUCAGGAGAUCUCUAUAUAGGGCAUUAUAGCUCAGGAUUCACUGGCUUUUUAUGGAAUGUUAAAAUUUACAGUCAAAAUAAUAAUGCUUUAAACGACUUCAAAACAACUGGAUGCUUAAAUAGCUGCACAAAGUGUCCAAGCGAUUCUACUUGUCUAGAUAGUUGCUCAAUAUCUCAAUACAAUAGUGGUUCUGCUUGCACUAAUUGUAUAGCGACAUGUGAUAAGGGAUGCAGAAAUUCUGAUACUUGUAGGCUAUGUAAGACAAAAGAAUGUGCGACAUGUAGAGAGUUUACAGGAGGAAAUUCAUGCUUGACCUGUAUAACUAAUGCAGUUAGUGACGGGUCUGGUGGUUGCACUUGUGCUGCAAAUGCUUUUUGGAUCUCUUCAUCUCAAACUUGCGAAUUUUGCGAUGAUCUUUGUUCAACAUGCAUAAAAACAACUUAUUUUGAGUGCUCAGCUUGCUCACUCCCUUCAUUUUGAAAUCAAUAAGUUUUUUUCUGCUUAAGAAGUAGAAUAAUUUUAAAAAAAUAAUUUAUUUAUCCUAAAAAAAAUUGAUAUAAUUUAAGGCAGAAGCUGUUUAAAUUUAUUUUUAUAAUCAAUCUAUCUUAAAUUUAAUAGGAUUUAAUUUAUAAUAUUCAAAAUAAAUAAUAUUAAUUAGAGAGUUUCGACUAUAUUUUUAAUUUUAUAUAUAAAAAAAUAUUUAUGUUAUACAAAUGAUUGAUUUUUAAUAAAUAAGAUUUUUGAAGGCUUAUCUUACAUUUCAAGAGGAGGUAUUAUGAUUAGGAUUGUUAAAGAUAUAGCCAUAUUGGCGACGCAUCACCAAAGACCUCUCGUACGGGAGCCCUUUCUACUUUACGUCGAGCCUCCAAGUCGGUCUAGCUUUAACCGCACAGUUCAUCUCCUCCUUGCCUUGAGGCUUCAGUCUUGAGUUGAUGGCUUAUAGAUUUUUGCAGCUUUCUAACAGAGACGAUUGGAGAGUAGCAGGAUGUAAAGAUUAGCUCCUUGGAGUCUGAAGGCUACUGAGAAUUUUUAUUCUGCAACUAUAAGGAAAAAACUGCUUCCUAUAGAAAAAAACGCCCAAGGCUCCAAAGAGCAUUGCUAGACACCUCCAUUUUCUACCAUCAGGAAGUAGUCAAAACCUAUCAGACACAAACAACUCUUGACUCUCAGCUUGCAACCCGUUCAAAUUAGCCUUGGCCUUAAGGUCUUGAUUGCUGUGGCAAGAGGACGGCUUGACAUGUGCUGCCAUCUUGAUAUAAAUAUUUCAAGGGGAGGGAUUUAGGAAGCUAUCAAUUAGUUGGGCAUGUUUGUUUAAAGGGAUGCCCAUAUGGAUUUGAUGCUUCUUGUUCGUCAGUAUCAACUGCAGUGAUUGAUCAAUCUUUCAAUACAGAUUUUCAAGGCUCAUAUGGAAUUUUUACAACAGGAACUACCUCCACAUCUUUUCAGUUUUUCAAUACCCCUGAAUCAUAUGACCCCAUACCUACAUAUAAGCGCGGCUUAUUUUUUGAUGGAACCAUGUAUUUAUUAUCAUCAACUAGCGUCUUGCUUUCUCAUAGCUUUUCAAUAGGAUCUUGGAUUUAUAUAAUAACCCACGGAGAUUGGCUAGAAAAGCAGACCCAAAUAACUGUUCUAUCCUCAACAGGAACCAUAACAGCUAAUAUGGAAAAUCCUUCACAGACCUUAACUCUUCAAUCUUUAUCCUCGAGCAGCUCUCUAAACAGCUGAAUUUAUUUGUCAUAUACUUUCAGUUAUAAUUUAGAUACUACAAAUAUAGUUAUUUAUAUUAAUGGAGCUUUAGUUGCCACCUCAGCUAUCACUAAUUAUAUAAUAAGAGAUGUCCCUGGCACUAAAUUAAUUCUCGGGAAAAGUAGUGCUUCUGGCUUUAUCGGGUUUAUUAAUACUUUUCAGCUAUGGAAUGUCCCAAUUAGUGAUUUUUCAAGCUAUGUUAAUAACAUUAUAUGCGGCACAGGGUUAGGCCAUUCUUGCUUAUGAUCUUGCGAUUUAUCUAAUUACUGGAGUGGGAGUUCUUAUUCAGCUUGCAAUUCAUGCAGUAAAGGAUGUGUCAGAGCAGGAACAUGCAAUAUUUGUUAUGAUUUAUUAUGCUCUGUUUGUACAGGAUUUGGCUCAGGGAAAUGCAUUCAAUGCGUUUCCAAUGCAAGCGGAGCUCCUUGUGCUUGCAAUACUAAUUAUAUGACUUCUUCAGAUGGAUUUUCAUGUGUAGCAUGCUAUAAUGGCUGCUCUAAUUGUACUUCUCCUUCUGGUAGUAAUUGUGUACUAGUUAAUGAAAAGAUAUUUGAUUUGGAUCUUAAUACUCUCAAUCGAGUCAUUUAUGAUAAAGCAAACUCUAUUCCAGUUAUAACUGGCUCAUCUAACUUUUACCCAAUAAAGUAAUAAAUGAUUAAAUUAAUAGAGAAUGUUUUGCUAUUAAGAAUUUUAAAGCUGCACUGUGAUUAAGCAAUUUUAUCCAGACUAUGAAGUUAAUGAUCCGAUUCCUGCCUAUUUAAGAGGGUUUUAUUUUAACGGCCAAACUUCAGUUUUGAGACUGCCAGAGUAUUCAAAUUAUACAUCUCCAAGGCUUGUCCUUACAUCUACUUUCACAAUUUCUCUAUGGUUAAAUACUGAAAGCUUGUAUGGAGCUUUAUUAUCAAAGCAUGAUAUUUCUGAUAAUUAUUCAUCAUUAUUCUCAAUCUCACUAAUAAGCAGUAAGCCAUCAAUCUCUCUGACAAUAAACUCAUCUCCUUUAUUUUUUAUGUGUCAAAAAUCUGUUAAUAAUUAUGAAUGAAGCCAUAUAGAAUUUACAUUUGAGACCACCCAAAGCGGGGAUAACGCGCUCUCUUGCUAUAUAAAUGGAUUAUUCGAUUCAUCGGAGAUAUAGAAAUUGCCCGAGGAUGGCGCUAUAUUGCGCCAUCCUCGGGCAAUUGGAGACACGGCUCCACAUGGGAAUUGUGUUCCACGUGGGAAAAUGUGGAUUCCACAAGUGGAAAAAUGGCUCCACACGUGGAAUACGGUUCCCGUGUGGAGCCAAUUUUCGCUUGCCCUAGGAUGGCGCCAUAUAGCGCCAUCCUAGGGCAAAUCCUAUAGCUGGGUCUGGAAUUUUUCAAGAUAAAGUACCUCAUACUGCAAUGUCUAUAGGAGCCCAGCUUAGUUCUCAGACAGUUUAUAAUUAUUAUCAAGGCUUCAUUUAUACCAUACAGAUAUACAAUAUUUUGAAGCCUGUAAAUAGUCUAUCAACAGUUUUUUGCACUGAAAAUUGUAGUGUUUGCCCAACAAAUCAAAUAUGUAUUCCUAACUGCAAAAUAAAUGAAUAUUGGAGUGGACCAGGCUAUAACGUCUGCUAUCGCUGCAAUAUAAAAUGCACAAAAAGCUGCAGGGAUUGACGAUCUAGUUGCUCUCUAUGUAAUAAUUUACUAUGCAAAAACUGUAUAGAUUAUUCUUCUUUUGGCUGCGUAGCUUGUAAAGAAAAUGCUAUAAAUCCUGAUUCCUGCAUCUGUGACGUAAAAUAUGUUCUUGACACUUCGAAUAAUAGUACUUGUAUUGUUCUUAAGCCAGGUGGAUUUAGAGGUAUGGAUGGGAUCUUUUAUUCUUGUCCAAAAUUAUGCAGCAUAUGUGAAUCUUCGAUUAAGUGUACAUCUUGUGUCGCAAAUGCUGGUCUUAAAAAUGAUCUCUGCUAUUGUAAUUUAGGCUUUAAUGGGUCCACAAAUUGCAUUACAUUACUCAGAUUUUAAAUGGUAAUAUCUUCUGCAGAGAUUAAUUAUAAAAUCUCCAUUUUAAUUCCUAAUUUAUGAUGCCAGAAGCCAUUUUGUCUAGCAAGUAUUCCAGAAGAGACCUACCAAAGGGCCAGAAAGUCUCCACUGGUCACGUUGACCUCGCUCCAGAAUUUACUUCUACGUGUAUUCAGCAUAAGGGUCACCUCCUUGUAUGUGUCAAGCGGAAAAACUUUAUACGUCCUAAUAUCUUGAACCAAAUGAUUUACCUUAUUGAUAUACCAUAUUUGGCAUUGUGCACCAGCUAAACCGAAUCCCAUAACAAUUAAAUUCAUGGAGGAAUAAACCAUUUCCAUGUAUAACCAUUUUAUUAUUAUUUUCCACAAAAUUGCACAUCUGUUUAUUUUUCAGCUAAACUUUCAGCAUUAUCAGAUAAUUCUUUGUAUCUUACGUUUUCUGAUAACCUUGUGAAUGCUCUUUCUGCAUCAAAUUUUACGGUAACGAUUGAACAGCAAGGAGAAGUUUCAUGUAAAAUUGAGCAGAUAAAUGGAACGUGCUAUUAUAUUUCUUUGAAAAUUGAGAAGGCAAUUUCAAAAGGUACCUUGGCUACAAUCGAGUUUAUAAAUUUGGAAGAAAUGAGAUCUGUUUCUAAUGGAGUAUUAAACUCGUCAGAAAUUUCUGUGCCUUUAAAUUCGUAUGAUCCAGCUCCAUACUCUGCAACAAUUGAGUCAGUUACAUCACAAGCAUCAGCUGGUUCUCAGGCUGCUAUUUCUGGAGCUGUUGCUUUAUCAAUUGUAAAUCCAAAUCCGAGCUCUUUGUGAAGUAUGAUGAACACCUUACAAAUUCUUAGUUAUUUAACUUUAUCAGGAAUACCCUUAUCUAGCAAAAUGAGCUCAUUUUUGAAUAAUUUAAAUUCUUUCAAUUUAUUCCCAAAUGCAUUUACCUAUAUUAUUGACAAAAAUGAAGGAAAUACUCCAUACUCUCAAGCAAAAGAAUUUGGAUUUGACUCUGAUCUUAUCUUGAUAAACCAGGGCAAUGAUUUUACACUAAUUUUAGCUUCUUUAGCAGUUUUUCCUGGGGUUUUCUUUUUAUCACGAUGCUCAUAUAGAUGGCUUGGCAAAAAAUUUACAAAAACUCUCAAAGGCUAUCAAUUUGCAUUUUACUUGCGAUUUUGAAUUCAAUGCUAUCUUGAACUGGGAGCUGCUGCUAGUGUCGGAUUUAUUACUGCUGAGUUUGGAAAUGUGACACAAAUUACCAAUCUAACUAUUUGUUUAGCUGUUUAUAUAAUUCUAUUUGCCACUCCUCCUGCGUAUUUCUGGUUUUCCUAUAAAAAUAGAAAUCGUAUUCAGUCAAGAGAAAAGGGCUUUACUUCUUUAUUUGAUACUUUUUUUUAUGAAUUUAGAAAUGAUAAAGGAUUUCUUGCAAUGCAAUAUUAUUUUGUAUUUUUUGCAAGAAGGCUUAUCUAUAUAAUAAAUUUGGUGUUUUUAAGAGAAUACCCACAAACAGAAGUUACUAUUAAUAUUGUUCUUUCAUUAAUCACAAUUAUGCACUUAGGAUUUUUUAGGCCUUAUGAAGAUCCAAUUUUGCAAAUAACAAAUUUAGUUACUGAAAUAAUGAUUUGUUUAGUAAUGAUCUCUACGUCAGUCUAUUUAUUUGAUCUCGAGCAAGAAAUUGUAUCAGGAGUAGAGAGUGCGAUUGUGGGAAUUGUCCUUACAGUUAUGGCAAUUCAAACAUUUUCUUCUGUAUUUAUUUUUGCUAGAACUUUAUUUGAAGUGAUUCAUCGUAAGCUGACUAGAGCAGGCAUUAUGAGAAAUACCAUUCAAGCAAGAAAUAGUCAACUUACAAAAAUAGAAAGAUAG